GGCUUUAUCGCAGAUCGACACGCACUAAUAAAAAAGGCGGCUGAAAGAGCGAGAGAGGGGAGCGACUCGUGACGCGUCACACACCACAUCAUUCUCGCGCCGCAUCGCACCCGUCUUUUUUUUUGUUGUUUCUACUAGAAGGACGAAGUGCAAUCCAUCACGUCGGGCAGGAGGAUGCCAGCACACCACCACCCCGCCACCGCUACCACCAUGACGGCGACCACGACAACAGCACCGUCUUUUCUCGUCUACCCGCUGCCCAGCAUCGCUGAUGAGACGUUCUUGCAGUUGAUCUUCCGCAGUAAGAUGCGGCGCAGCCUCUUUUUUGGGUUUGGACGCGGUCGCGUGGCGGUGGUGGAGUUGGCGGACACGGACACCGCACAAGAGGUGGAGAAGGUGCUCAAGGAAGCCGCUGCCGCCGCUGCUGCUGCCUCCACCGCCCAGCAUGGGCCGUCUCGGCACGAGGAUGGGACCGUAGCGAGCGGCGUGCCACAAGAACAGCAACGACAGACGGCGGAGGAGGCGGAGGAGGCGGAGGAGGCGGACAUCGCGAAUUUAGAUGGGCUGACGCUGGCGGAUGUGUUUGCGAUCCCUCCAUCCUCCGCUGCGGAAGCCUCCGCCGCAGCGGCGACGGAGAAGCCGGUGAACGCGUCAACCGACUUCUGUCACCUCCCUUUUCUCGUCUUUCGCGGCCGACCGGUGCACGUGGUGGUCAGCGGCGUACGAGUGGACGACUUCUACGCCAGCGGUGGCAUCGUGCCGGAGAAGCACGAGAACAAAGAAGAUCGAAGCAGCACCAAGAAGAAAUCGAAGAAAGUCCGAGCGGCAACGGCGGCCGUUGGUGGUGGUGAUGGUGGUGGUGGUGGUCGGCGUGAACGCAGCGCAGGCGAACAACCGCAGCAAACAUCCUCCGCUGUGGUGCAGGCCGCUGCCACUGCGGCGGCGGCGCACAAGUAUCCAAAGAACGCCUGUCAGCGGUGUGGCAGCCUCAGCCACUUCACUCGACACUGCGAUGGGUCUGGUGCGGCGACGACGGCCACCACAGGGCCAGCGACAGAAGAAGGAGACGAGGAAACGGCGGCGACGACGCAGGAGAAGUUUGGCGCAGCGGCGGCGGCGAAGGUGCCGCCAACACCGCGGCCUUCGCCAGCGUCGUCGUCCGCCCCCGCUGCGCAGGCGCGGUUCCCGAAGAACUGCUGCCAAAAAUGCGGCAGCGCGAACCACUUUACGCGUCACUGCGACGGCGCGGGAACUGCGGCACCGGCCGCGGAAGAUGCAGCACCGCGCAAAAGGCCGCACGUCGAUGACGCUCCUCCGCCGUUGAGCAGCGCUGGCGGGAAGACGCGUGAAGCCGUCGUCGUCGGCAGCGUGGCUGCUGAUGCCGCGGUGGUGGUGGCCACGCAGAAGCCAACGGUGAUGCAUCGUGCGUCGAAGGACCUGUGUAAGUUCUGCGGCUCCGACGCGCACUUGUCUCGUCACUGCCCGAACAAGAAGUAA